AUGAAUAAAGUCAAACCUCAUGUGUUAUUACUUUGUUCUAUUAUUGGUAUUGGUAAUAAUCGUUUGGAGCAACUGGUACUUGAUAAAUGCCAAGAAAUAGAUUUAACUUUUGAUUAUCCACAAUCAUCUCAUGAAUCACUUUUUGAACGAUUUUAUUUAUACGUGCUGCCUCGUAUCAUCAAUAACAUUCAAUCGUUGACACUCCACAUUCAACAUCUUCCCAAGAUUGCCAGUUUUGUUGAAAAAAAUUGUGAUGGAAUUCUUCCAAAUUUGACACAUUUAAGAAUAAUGCUUGGUAGGCGAAAUCCUAAAACAGGCACACCAUUUACAAUAGGUUUGGGUAUUUACAGUAUGUUCCGGAAUUGGCCUCUUCUCUCAAUUAUACCUCAACUUUUUCGAGUAGAGGGAACUCCUCGUAGUGAAAUCUUAUCUAGUUUCUGUUCUUCACUACUCAUGUGUUCUAUUGUAUCAUUUGAACUUGAUGAUGACUGUAUCUUACCAAAAAUAUUUAAUGUUCGCGAGUUGUUUUUUCCUCAUUCACAUCAACUAACUCAUAUUCGAAUAACAUUAUGUUAUUUUGAACAUUGUAUCAGUUUACUUAAACAAUUGGGUUCACAACUGUAUUCAUUCAGUGUAAACAUUGUAUAUGUUGAUGGUACCGCAAUACGUGUUAUCUAUGAAAUACCAUCGAUUUUAUGUCCAAAUUUAAAACAGUUGACAAUGACAAUGUAUUACAGUUUUGUUGGCUAUAAAGAAUGUCUUGUAUCUCUUCUACAACGUUUCUCGAAUGUGGAAUAUUUAACAUUACUAUUAGCUAUUGAUUUAAGAGAAUCUAGUCCAAAUCAUUUUAUUAAUGGAUAUGAUUUAGAGAAUGACAUUAUUUCAUACAUGCCUCAUUUAAAUCAAUUUAAUUUUCACAUCCGUUCUAUAUUAGAAAAUGCUGCGCAUGUUGAAAUUGAUACAAUUCGUCAAAGUUUUAUGAAACAACAAUAUCGAUUUGUUGGUUGUACAAUCGACUAUUUCAAUAAUAAUUAUGGUCAAUGUCAAAUCUACUCACUUCCAUUUAUUGGUACUCGUCUCGACUUUAUUUCUAAUCGAUUUCCACUCUUUGAUAUCAAUAACACAUUCUCAAUGGUUACUGUAUUAUUACUUUUCGAUGAUAUUAAACCAUUCGAAAAUGUUUUCUUUGAACGUCUUGCUCAAACUCUACUUCAUCUUAGAACACUUGAAGUAGUUAAUAGACUUGAACAACAAGAGAAGACAACAACAUCGACAAACAAUCUUAAGUUUAUUCAUUUAGCUACACUGAUUCUAUUUGAUAUUCAUAUGAAUUAUGCUGAACAAUUCCUUUGUCGAACUUAUCUUCCUUGUUUAAACGAACUUGCCAUUCAUACGGAUGCAUUGUUUGCAAUAAUCGCUCAAGAUCAACAUCAAACAAGAGAUAAUUGUUCUAGAGUAGAAAGAUUACGAACUUCCAAACCAUUGUAUAACUCAAUCAAUGCUAUUCAAAACUAUUUUCCACCAGAUUCCUAUAUACAGCAUCCGGACGAAAUAGAGGAAGAAAACACAUGA